GCCAAUCGGCUCUCUCGGCAGUAGCAAGAUGUCUGCGCCCAGUGGUGUUCGACUUCGCCGAGCGUUGUGAAUCGGGGCGGUGGCGGCGGCGGCGUUCUUCAUCUCCCGCCGUUUCCAGCGUAGCGCCCGCGGCUCCGGCUCGCUCAGGGGGAUCCAGCAGGGCCUAAGGGGAGCCGAGAGAACCCGGGGCUAACACGAGGGAACGACGGGUUACGCGACAAAGAUGUCCAAGUCUCUGAAGAAAGCCGUGGAGGAGUGCAAGGAUAAGGAUGUGCCGGAGUUGGACCUGAGUGACAAGGCCGUAACCAACAUGUUAGACGUGCCAGGCCUCUUUGCGUUGAGUCAUCUCACCCAGCUGGUGCUCAGUCACAACAAGCUGCAGACUGUGACGGCGAACAUCAGUGAGCUGCGUAACCUGGAGGUGCUAAACUUCUUCAACAACCAGAUUGAAGAGCUGCCCACGCAGAUCAGCGGCCUGCAGAAACUCAAGCACCUGAACCUGGGGAUGAAUCGGCUGAGCACGCUGCCGCGAGGGUUUGGCUCCUUCCCAGCACUUGAGGUGCUGGACCUCACCUACAACAACCUCAAUGAGGCCUCCCUGCCAGGAAACUUCUUCUAUCUCACCACGUUGCGUGCUCUCUACCUCAGUGACAACGACUUUGAGACACUUCCUCCCGACGUAGGGAAGCUCAACAAGCUGCAGAUUCUGAGCGUGCGCGAUAAUGAUCUGGUGUCAUUGCCGCGGGAGGUGGGAGAACUCGCGCAGCUCAAGGAGCUGCACAUCCAGGGCAACCGCCUCACUGUGCUGCCACCUGAGCUUGGUGUGCUGGAUUUGGUGGGUCCCAAGCAGGUGUUCAAGGCUGAGAAUAAUCCCUGGGUGGCCCCAAUCGCUGACCAGUUCCAGGUCGGGCUGUCCCACGUCUUCGAGUACAUCCGCUCCGAGACUUACAAGUAUUUAUACGGCCGGCACAUGCAGGCCAAUCCAUCCCCACCACCCAAGACCAACGACAAGACCAAGAAGAUCAGCCGCCGUCCUCUGGCGGCCAAGAACAAGUAGUACCUGGCCGCUAACCCUGGGGUCCUCUCCAGACAGUCGCAGCCACCCACAGUCCCACCCAUAGGUCCACAUCUCCUGCAUCCAGCCAGCAUCAGCCAGCACCAGCCAGCACCCAGCCAAAGGCUCCCUCCUCCUGUCACACCGGCUAUGGCCCUCUAUCGCCUCAUGGGCCUUGUCAGUUCUGGGGGGGUUCCUGGCCUAUGAAUCCAGCAACCCCCUGUAUAGUGCCAGUAGUUACUUGAUGUCCAGCUGUCACUGCCAGACCCACAGUGCCUUUAACUAAGUACUCUAGCUGCUGUCUGUAAAACACACAACCCUGUCUUUAACCGUUGUGUUCGUUAUAUAAUCGUUACUCCUCUGGGAGGUGGCCACAUAUUUGUCCUCGCCACCCUUUCAUCCCACCGACCUCGCUGUUGCACAGGCAGAUUCAUUCCGAGGCCAGUGAGCGUGUGGGAGGGCACGCUGCUGACGGAACGGGCAAUUACACGUGUCGACGAGCAAGUCAGUCACUUGAAGACCACAAUUUCCCAAAGCUUGAUUAUUAUUAACGCGGAGGUUGGAAGUGCGGCAGUGCUUGAAAAUCCACCCACACGCUUGCACCCCCGCCCGGUGAGUCCAACAUCUGAGGAUCCUAACUCAAGACAUCCGUUUAUUAAAGCCCCUUCUUACGCUCCCGAUAGUUGCAUUGAAUUGUAAAAAUACGGAUAAUAAUUUUUUAUGCACAUUUAAGUCCAAACAUUUUCUCGCUCGGAGAAGGCGGUACAGCAAAGUGUGGACUAUUAUCACGUCGCUUGUGCAUUGGAUGUUUUCUCCCACGUACGUGUGAUUUUCUCCUGGAAAUCCAGUUUUUCUGAAAUCAUCUUAACAUAAGAGGACUCCGGAGCAUGGGCAAUUUUUGGUGCCGGCUCACUGUCUGGCUGCCUUCUAAUGUGUCUGUAGUUCCUCAGCAUUGUGUGACGCCAUUUGCACGAACGACAAUGCUAUAUAAACUAAAACAUUUCGCAAUUAUAUUAAAACACCGAUUCUUGAAUUGUGACCCCAAACCAAGACCAGACUUUAUUUCGUGGAGACGGAAGCGAGUUGAAAUCGUCACAUGCCUCUUGACUACUCUGGCUCGCUGCCAAUUAUUGAUUUAGCACUGAGCAACAAUAUUAAACUAUUGCGCUCCACAGUACUUAUGAUAAUCACCAAAUAGUUUUAAAGUUUAAAUGUGCGCUAUAGUUUUGCAUGAUGGCGUUAUUAAGAUAUGUAUACACCUGUAAUCGCAAAAAAAGGUUUAAAUGUUUAAAUGAUUCUUCUUGCUAACAGAUCAUUAGCUUUUUCCAAAACUCCGUAGUCCUUAAACACCUGACAUCAGGGUACGGUGAAUUUGCGAGGAGUGUUGUAUGAAUGACUGUAGGCAGAACACCCGUGCUUUCCUUGGACUGCCUGUGCUGCCUGCCUUCUCCGUACGGCUUUGCACAGCAUUAUCACGGCGCAGCACGGGUCAUCUCGCCUCGAAGCCGUGGGUUCGUUACCCGAGAGUGUCCGGUGGUCGGUGGGGUAACGCGGUCGUCGCGUGUAUCGUGUUCGAGAGAGCCCUUCAAGCCGCGCUCGCAGGACGUUCCGAUGGCCUGGCUUGACGAUAGAUCCCCUGGCACUCGCCCCGAGUGCGGCCCAACGGUCCUGUGUUCGUGCUGGAACGGCGUUUGUUAGCUUCACGCCGGCGGAGUUUCGGUCACAUGGUCAGCGUGUUCUACAAGCCACCUUGACUCAUCAUCCCUAUUGGGGUCGAUAAAAUGAGUAUCACUUUGUGAAAAAGUCAGCAGUGGCUGCUGUAUGGAUUAACUUGCCCCCACCGUAGGAAUUUCCGCUAAUGGCUCCGGAUGGUAAACAAGAUAAGCACCGCCUCAGUGCUCAAUUGAGCAGAUCACUGUGACAAUAGAAAUAAAGAUUCCCCAUGUAGCCUUAACAAACUGCUGGGGCAAGUGCUGUUAGCGAACACCUAUGAAGGUCAGCACGACACGAGGGGUUGGGAGGCCAGCUCACCACCACUAUCACCAGCAUCGUCAUUAACACGAAUUAGCAUGCAACUGAAACUCGCACAGCAGCAGGGAAUUCGGAGCCGGUGUUUUUUCUUGUGAACCCAUUCCUGCUGGUGGUAAUCAAAUAACCUACGAGGGUAAACUGCAGGUUCCCAACACCUCUCUCUGGCCAGUAUUAAGCAGCACAGAUUCUUUGAUUCAGCGGAACUGCCCACAAAUGUGCCUCGGGUGGUCAGCUCACCCCACGAUUCUGUGCUUGCAUUUCACAAACGCCUCGAGUGAGAUUUUCCCCUCCGUUUACACCGAUUCUAGUGCAAAGUGCCAGACUAUUUCACUUAAGUUGCUGUGUGUGAAUGCCUAAUGAAGUGUAAUUUCAGGUGCUAAAUAACAAACCUAGCCUAUAGCUGUGGUUUUGAAAUAACAAGACAACCUAACAUGUCUGGCCGGACUCUAGUCCACGUUGCUCGUUCCGCUUGCUGCCCUGCAUGUACAUUUGCUUUUGUAAACCUAUAUAAUGUAAACCUAUAUAAUGUAAUAAAGUGGUUAUGCUUA